AUGUCGAUUGCCUCAAGGAAGUCAAGGUGUAAAUGUGAGAUCCUGUUACACAAGACUUGGUUCAGGAACCGAGGGGUCAAACUGAGGAAGCAGCAGCAACAGCUGUCAUCAAAGCAACCAAGUCAGCUUCUUCCAGCCAAGAUUGUGCCCACCUCACCCACAAAAUCAACCAAUCCUUCCUCUUUUCCUGCAGUUUCAGAUUUCUAUAGCUUCCUUCCACUUCAGCCUGUAGGCGCUUCCAGUUUGGCACAGGAUUCUAUCAUCACUGAGAGUCCCAUAAGCAAUGACCAAAUGCAAAAUACUCAGUUGGAGAAGCUGGUGGGCUCAGUUCCUGCUCUGGACUCUGAUGCUUAUGACAUAGAGCAAAUCAUGCAACUGUACAGUUUUUCUGAUGAAGAUGAAAUGCCCAACACUUCUUUCCAUUGCCUAUAUCAGUAUCUCUCACCCACAGACCCCAGCUAGAAGAAAAAGGGUUCUUUUCUUAACAUCUUUGCUAAUGCAGCUUUGGGUCUAUCACCUUGGCAAACCUCAGCCAGUAUGGGCUCAACAAGCUGAGGCCAUUUAGCCUACAGCCUAAGAGACAGCCUAGAAUUCCAGAACCCCUCCAGUAUGGUGGACUUCGGAUUUCUCUGGUCAAAGUUCUAAUAAAUACCAGAUUGCACAGAA